AUAAAGAUGAGAUAGAGAAGAAGUAGAAAAGGGGCUGCAGCUGGAAGAAGUUGAGAUAGACAGAAGAGAGGAGAGAGAUUAGAGAGAGAGAGAGAAGGCGAAAUUGGUGAGGAAAGGAAGAAAGGAGAAAUCUUAUCAGUUUUCAGAUUCUUCAUUUUCUAGUUCUAAAGAGGUUAAGGAAAACGUAUGGAUAGGAACAGAGACGCGAGAAGAGCAGGGAUGACAGCGGUGAACGGAUUAACAAGGAGAAGACAACAUAGAAGCGGAAGUUUAAGAGAUUCGCCAGAUGAAGAUGGACCGGUUGAGUUGCCAGAAUCAAAUAGGUUACGAGAUAGAGGGAUGAAGAAGGAACGGGAUCGAGAACGGGAUCGAUCUAGUCGGAGUAGUAAGAGGAGAAGAGCGGAGAGAUUGAUGCAAGGGAGUACGAGAGAGGAAGGUAUGGAUGAUAGUUCGGAGGAGAGCGUCAACGGAGAAGAUGACGAUGAUGAUGACGAUGGAAGUGCCGGAGCUGGCAACGGAACCGGCACCGGAUCCGUUCGGAUGUUAUCGCCGAAUCCGCCGACUCAGUCUAUAUCGCCGUCGAUUUCGAAUCAUAACCAUAACAGUACCAAUCAUAGGAAGAUCUUUCCUCCGUCAACUACUACUACUACGACAACUAACAAGGUGUUUAGAGCACCGCCUGCUUGGAAAGCGGCCGAUGAAAUGAUAGGUGUGUCGGUUCCGAGAAAAGCUCGGUCAGCAUCUACCAAGAGGUCGCAUGACUGUUGGACUACCGGCGGUGGUGGGGUUGUUGAAGACCAAAUUCACCGGCAAGCUUCAACUUCUCCGGUUAGACAGAAUCUGGCGUCAACGUCGACGCCUUCACCGGCACCUGUUUCUCCGUCUUCUUCAAAUGCUUCUAUGAGGAAGAAGAUGAAGUCAAAUGGUGCGAAACUACGUCCACCAAAAUCAUCAUCCAAGCCAUCUUCAAACCCAGAGGAGCUGGAGAUUGAGAUCGCUGAAGUUCUUUAUGGACUCAUGACUCAAUCCCAGGUACCUCCCAGCGAUUUGGGUAAGUUCGAACUGAACAAAACAAGCGGAGAUGCAAAAUCCAGAGUUUCUUCUCCGAUCUCCAACUCUCCUUCGUCAACUCACCCGUCAGCUUCUGUUUUGCCACAUAAUUCCAGCUCCCUUGCACCUAUAACUGCAGUCGCCCCUAAGAGGAAGCGACCUCGACAAGUUUCAGACGAUCUGGGUCGUAGAAGUCCCAUAAAUUCAAAGGUGGAAAUGGAUCAGGCAUCAAAGAAAGAAACUUUGUCACCAACCUUGGAGAAGAAUCACGGAUCUACACCUGAAAAUGGUGGUGUUUCACAAGAUUUGGGCAUUUAUCCAGUCGGUAUAAACCCAUCGGAGUCAGAACCGGCCAGACCCGAUGGCUCCAGUUCUUUAUUGGAUUUGAUGAAAUCCUUAAAGCAAGGUGCAGAUGAUGAGGCGGCGGCGGCGGGUUCUACUUCACCGAAGAAAGAAACAUCUUCAAUUAGACCACCACCGGAAAAUCAUCGUGAAGAUCUCACUUCUUCUAAAUCAGAUUUAACUGCAUCUGAAAUGGGAACCCAUCAAGAAAAGAAAUUUCAGAUAGAUCUGAUGGCUCCUCCUCCUUCUCAGAUGAAAUCGUCGCCGGCGGAGAGGUCGUCGGAAGGAGUAAUGGAAUUUUCUUCAACAACUCCUAAUACAGAAAAGAGAAAUGACCAGAGACUAUUGUCCUUGAAGGAUAAGGAAGACGAUAAGGCCAUAAAAAGCGGAAAGGCAGGACUUGCUGAAGGUGAGGAAGAGGAUGCGGGUCCUACUGGAAAGAAAGUAAAAGCUGAAGAAGGUGAGUCAGAAAGAGGGGUAGUGGCAAACAGGGUUAGGAACGUGGUGGAUCUACAGUUUGAUUUGGAGAAUCCCGAAAGAGAAACAUCAGCUUCUACUGCUAAUAAUAAUAAGCUUCACCCUUCUUCUUCUUCAACUCCUCUUAAGCAACAACCAGCUUCUAACCAGAUUCUUAAGCCUGUUAGAGACGAGUCUACCUUUUCAGAGAAAACUGCUCAAUCCAACUCUCUUCCCAUCCCGAUUUCCAUGGCUGGUUGGCCCGGUGGCCUUCCUCCGAUGGGAUACAUGGCGCCCCUGCAAGGAGUUGUUUCAAUGGAUGGAAGCGGUGUAGCCACUGCACCAAUGCAGCAUUUGUUUUCUCAACCAAGGCCGAAAAGAUGUGCAACACAUUGCUACGUGGCACGCAACAUAAACUAUUUUCAACAGCUUGCGAAGAUGAAUCCUUUCUGGCCUGCUGCUGCAGCCGCAGCUGGAACUGCAUCGAUCUUUGGGGCUAAACCUUGUAAUCUAGGUGUUGUUCCUCCUCCACCCGAUAUGCAUAGAAGAAAUGUUGUUCAACAGCAGCAGGAUAAAAGCCAAGGAUUGACCAUGUUCCCUGUUGGUGGUUCUGAAAACAAAGUUUCCGUCAAUAUGAACGAUGCCAACCAGAGAAGCAGCAGUAGCAGUAGUAAAAUGCAACAGCAACAAGUCCUUCUUCAACAAGCCAUGCCCCAACCACCCCCUCCUAACAAUGUUCUCCCUGGUCCUGCUUUCAUAUUUCCGUUAAGCCAACAACACUCACAAGCAGGAGCUUCAGUUCGACCUGGCUCAGUUAAGUCUUCUUCCUCCAUGCAUUCCACCGGAGCCUCAACUGCUUCCUCAGUAAGCGGUUCCACUCCGCCCCUACCGGGUCCAGCCAAUGGUUUAAGUUUCAAUUAUCCGAACAUGUCUGGGAACGAGACUCAGUAUUUGGCUAUACUUCAAAACGGUUAUCCUUUUCCUAUCCCGACUGUUGGGGGAGGACCUGCUUAUAGAGGAACACCCCACCCUCAAUCCAUGGCUUACUUCAAUGGACCUUUCUAUUCAUCGCAAAUGAUUCAUCCUUCCCAAUUUCAGCAACAACCUCAACAACAACAACAACAACCUGUUGUAGUGCAACAACAACCGAACUGUUCGUCUUCUUCGUCUCAGAAACAUUUGCAGGGCCAGCAACAACCAAGGCCGGUUAAUAACAAUAAUAAUGCGAAUGUCGGGGUUGUGAGUGGAAACUUCAUUAGCUUUCCUCAAUCUGCGAAAGAUCGAUCGCAAUCUCAAUCGUCGGUUCAACAGCAGCAAAGACAAGACGUGGGCGGUGACGAUGGUCCUGAGAAUCGUGUUGCUCGUGGGUAUGGACAGAAUCUUUCUGUACCGGUUCAUCACCAGAACUUUGCUUUGAUGAACCCGCCGCCAUCAACUGACAAGAAACAACAAUCCUCCCAUCAACAACAGAUCUUGAAGGGUACAGUUGAAUCUUUACCUCAAAACUUUGCAAUCUCCUUCGCUUCCAUGAACGGAGCCCCCAAUAACGGGGCAUCCGGUCUUGAUAUUUCAUCCGCGCAAAAUCAUGCCGUUCUUCAUAACCUUCCGGAAGCAACUAGACACGGCUACCAGAUGAUGUCGCAGGGAGUACAGCAGAUGAAGAAUUUUCGGAUUCAUGAAGAAGGAAAGAGCGAUUCUUCGAAUAAUAUGGACGAAGAGAAGAAAGGGUUAAUGGUAAAAGGUGGAGUAGUGAGUGGUGGCGGACAGACCAUUGCAUUCUCAAGGCCCGAAAUGGCCGAUGCUUCACGGUCAGUUGGUUCGACUGGACCAACUUCGAUUCCUCAAAGACAAGCGCAAAUUCAGUUUCAACAGCAGCAGCAGUUGAUGCAGUUACAUAAACAGCAACAGCAGUUAAUGCAGCAGCAACAACCGCAUCAGUUAGUCGCCGCGGCGGCAGCUGCCAGAAACAAAGGCGGUGGCAAUUCGGCUUCGUAUACCUCCGACCGGUCAAACAAGUUUCCGAAUAAUACACUGACGCCAUACCCUCACCCUCAGAACCUAGUGCAAUCCGGAAAUAGUGGAGGAGGUGGCGAUAGCCCGGUUCAUUCUCCCCAGUGGAAGAAUACACGAGCCGGUUCUCCCCAAGUUCCGUCUUCUCUCGGAUCAUCGAAUUCUUCGUCAAUGAAAAACAUAUCUCAACAACAACAACAGCAGGUUCAGGGUCGAAAUCAUCCGCAAACUCAAACUCAGAUAUCAUUCAGUGCGAACUCGAAAUCAUCGAUGGCACCUCAGACGGUUCAGCAGCAAGCUCCUAUCAACAACCACCAGGCUGUAGCAGCCGCCUCAGCCCAAUGUCCUCCAGUAAUGGUCGGUUCUCCGACCACAUCAUCUCUUUCCAAAGGUGCAAGCGGCAGUCCGAGAACGACGAAUUCGAAUUCCGCCAGCAACAAAACCGUCCAGCCAUCGACAUUGUCAUCUCAACAAUCUAAAAACUCUUCAGCAAGUCCUAGCCAGAAGACAUCUUCCCUUUCAGGACAGUCUGUUUUAGGGAAUCCACAUAAUAAUACCGCACAUCACUUGAGUUCUUCAUCUCAAUCAACCAUAAAUUCCAAAACCCAAAAUCUAUCCGCGAAGCAACAGAUGUUGCAACCGCAUCUGUUCUUCAACCCGGCGUAUAUGCAGGCAGCACAAGCAGCGGCUCAUCCCGCAGGUGCACCACCCCCCACCUCCUCGCCUGCACCCGGAGGCUAUUAUAUACCGAAACGGCGACCAGAUCAGCCAAACCAACAGACGCAAAACUGUUCUUCGCCAUCUACAUCCGGGAUGCUGUCACUCUGCCCUGUUAGUUCGGACACGAAGGGGGCGACAUCUGCGGGGUCGAAUACAAACAAUGCGAAAGGCGGUGGGGCUGCGGCAGGGCAGUUCACAGCACAGUCUGUGGUAGGUGGGAAUCCACAUCCUCUAAUACCACCUGGGUUUUAUGGUCAUACAAUACCUUCUGCUAUUCAGGUUAAGCCGCCGGAGCAGAAACAACAACAAGCAGGUGGAAAGUAAGAUGGAAGAUUUCGGGUUUUGUUUGGUUGAUCGAUAAAUGGUGACUUUUGUUUAUUUUGAUGAUGAUCAUGAGGAAGAUGAAGAAGAAGAAGGUGAUGAAGAAGAAGUCAGCUUAGUUUAGCUAGGUUUCAUCUUCAUAAAAUAGUAAAAAAAACAUUUGAUUAGUUUUUUUUCUUUUUAAGUUCUCUUUUUUUUUAAUUUUUGGGUUCAAAAUAUUACUGUCAAAUUCAAUCUCUUAAAGGUUUUGGUUAA